UUCUUGACACUUUGGCCUUUUUUGAUACAGUUAGAAGCAGCGUCUUUAGCAUCGCAUCAUCGAUUGGAAGCAAAUGCUCUACUCAAGAGUGGGUGGUGGAAUCAAUCGCAGUUAGAUUCAUACAAUGUAUGUGAGUGGGAUGGUUUAGUUUGCAACGAUGCUGGAAGCAUAACUCGAAUCACUUAUCCGUACUUUAUUACAUCAGGGAUUCGAUUGGCAACACUGAACCUGUCAGCUUUCAAGAAUUUAGAAAGAUUAGACUUUCGAAGAAGUGGACUUGAAGGGACUAUCCCACCCCAAAUUGGUAAUCUCCCCAAACUCACUUAUCUCGAUAUGUCCUACAAUCAUCUUGAAGGUGAGAUUCCUCAUUCACUAGCAAAUCUUACCCAAUUAGAGACCCUAAUGAUAUCUAACAACUACUUCAAUGGCACCUUCCCUCUUUCACUCCUAAACCUUACCAAAUUGGAAUACCUUGACAUUUCCAACAAUCAACUCCAUGGUUCCCUCCCUUCUAAUUUACAUCAAUUAACAAAAUUGCGAGAGCUACUGUUAAAUGACAACUCCUUCAUUGGAACUUUGCCUUUUUCACUUACAAAUCUCUCCCAAUUGGCAUGCCUUGACAUUUCCAACAAUCAACUUCGUGGUUCCCUCCCUUCUACUUUUCAUCAAUUAACAAACAUGCGAGAGUUGCGGCUAGAUAAUAACUCAAUUAGUGGAAACUUAGAACCCUUGGCAGCUUUAAGCAAUCUUCCAAUUAUAAGCGUUAUCGAACUCAGUUUCAACCAAAUUACUGGUGAAAUACCUCCAAACCUUGCAUAUUUACCAAGAUUGAACAUUUCCUACAAUUAUUUGAAGGGUCCCAUUCCUGAUGGUCUCUCUCCUUAUGCUAUUCUAGGAAACAAGGAUCUAUGUAGUGACAAUUCCCUUUACCAAAUCCAACUUCAAAUACAACCUUGUCCAGCUCCAAAGAACAAAUUAAUGCAUCGUCUAGUCAUACUCCUUCCUAUCCUCACUUUUCUAAUUGUUGCCAUCUUCCUACUUUGCUAUCUAAAACUACGAACCAGUGCCAUCAAGAACAAACACGCAGCUACAUUGGCAACUAAGAAUGGGGAUUUGUUUUCGAUAUGGAAUUACGAUGGAAGCAUAGCAUACGAAGACAUCAUAAGAGUAACCCAAGACUUUGACAUUAAGUAUUGCAUUGGGACAGGUGCAUAUGGGAGUGUCUACAAGGCACAAUUACCCAGUGGUAACGUUGUCGCCUUGAAAAAACUUCACGGCUUUGAAGCAGAGGUGCCUGCUUUGGAUGAGAGUUUUAGAAACGAAGUGAGAGUGUUAUCAGAAAUAAAGCAUCGAAAUAUUGUGAAGCUUUAUGGAUUCUGCUUGCACAAAAGGAUCAUGUUUUUGAUCUAUCAGUAUAUGGAGAGAGGAAGCUUGUUUUCUGUCUUGUAUGAUGAUCAGGAAGCAGUGGAAUUGGAUUGGAGAAAGAGGAUUAAAAUUGUGAAAGGCAUUGCACAUGCUCUGUCAUAUCUUCAUCAUGACUGCACCCCUACAAUAGUGCAUAGAGACAUAUCGAGUAGCAAUAUCUUGCUUAACUCAGAGUGGGAGCCAAGUGUUUCUGACUUCGGCACAGCUCGACUCCUCAGCAAUGAUUCAUCCAACAGAACUAUCGUUGCUGGAACUAUUGGAUAUAUAGCUCCAGAGCUUGCCUAUUCAAUGGUUGUGAGUGAAAAGUGUGAUGUGUAUAGCUUUGGAGUAGUGGCACUUGAAACGUUGGUGGGAAGGCAUCCUAAGGAAAUAUUGUCUUCGCUUCAAUCAGCAUCGACUAAUGGCAUAACAUUACGUGAAGUAUUAGACCAACGCCUUUCACAGCCAACAAUGUCAGUUUCACUAGACAUAGUUCGUGUAGCCAUAGUGGCAUUUGCAUGCUUAAAUCCCGAUCCUUGCUCACGUCCAACAAUGAAAUGCGUCUCUCAAUGCUUUCUUACUCAGCUUACACCAUUAAACAUUCCUUUGCGUGAAAUUUCAUUGCAGCAGCUCAUGAGUCAAGUGUUCAGGCAUUAUUUAAAAUUGUGA